AUGAGAAAACCGCCUUCAUUCGAGCAUCUGAGCUUGGAUCGUCGCCUGUCAUGGGCUGAGGUAAUGGGUACAUUUCAUACGUGUGGAAAGAUGAACAUGAUUUCGCGUUUGCCUGAAGACCUAUUCGUUCUCAUCUUGUCGAGUGCCUAUGUCCAGAAUGUCAUGGGACAAUUUUGUAAACUCACACUCAAGGGCAUGAUCCUCGACUUGGCUGAGUUGAGCCAAAGUGUUGGCACUCAAUCAGAGAGCACGGAUGACAGUUUGUACUACCACAAAUGUGUUUCUCCCCGCAACCAGUUUGGCAAGCAGUACUCCCUAGUAUUGUAUAAUCGCUGCGGCACUUGUUGA